GAGGCAUGUUUCGGAGUGAAAGAGGAGGAUGGGGAGAUUACUGUCACAUUGGAAGAAGAAGAGGAUGAAACUGGAUAUCUGGGCCCGGUUUCCCAAAGGCAUGUUAUGGCAUCCAAUGGUUCUAACGUUGAACGGGCCCUGGUUAACACUAGAGAGAGACGGGACUAUCGUGGAUCCUCUGGGGAACCUCAACAACAUCAUGAUGCUGAGGAGGCAGAGAAGAGUCUCUCCAGAUCAGAACUCCUCAAGAAACACCAGCAGAGACCCACAGGGAAGAAAUCCAACUGCUGCUCUGAAUGUGGGAAGAGAUUAAACUCUAAAGUAGACCUUAAAAUACAUCAAAGAAUUCACACAGGAGAGAAAUCUUUUGGCUGUGAUCAAUGUGGGAAGACAUUUAUUCGGCUACAAACCCUGAAAUCACACCAGAGAAUACACACUGGAGAGAAACCUUAUAGCUGUAAUCAAUGUGGGAAGAGUUAUACUCAGCUAAUCAGCCUGAUAGUACACCAGCGGACACACACAGGAGAGAAACCUUAUAGCUGUAAUCAAUGUGAGAAGAGCUUUACUACAUCUAGCUAUCUAACUAUACACAAGAGAACACACACAGGAGAGAAACCAUUUAGCUGUGAUCAAUGUGGGAAGAGUUUUACUCAGCUAAACAACCUGAUAGUACAUCAGCGGACACACACAGGAGAGAAACCUUAUAGCUGUGAUCAAUGUGGGAAGAGUUUUACACAGCUAAACAACCUGACAGUACACCAGCGGACACACACAGGAGCGAAAUCUUAUGGCUGUGAUCAAUGUGGAAAGAGUUUUACUGCGUCAAGCUCCUUGAUAGUCCACCAGAUAACACACACAGGAGAGAAAUCUUAUAGUUGUAAUCUAUGUGGGAAGAGUUUUACUAGGUCUAGCUGUCUAACUUUACACCAGAGAACACACACAGGAGAGAAACCUUUUAGCUGUAAUCAAUGUGGGAAGAGUUUUACUAGGUCUAGCUGUCUAACUAUACACCAGCGAACACACACAGGAGAGAAACCUUUUAGCUGUGAUCAAUGUGGGAAGAGUUUUACUACAUCUAGCCAGCUGACAUUACACCUGAGAACACACACAGGAGAGAAACCUUAUAGCUGCGAUCAAUGUGGGAAGAGUUUUACUACAUCUAGCCAGCUGACUUUACACCUGAGAACACACACAGGAGAGAAACCUUAUAACUGUGAUCAAUGUGGGAAGAGUUUUACUCGGUCAAACAGCCUGAUGUCACACCAGAGAAUACACACUGGAGAGUUACCUUAUAGCUGUGAUCAAUGUGACCAGAGAUACCUUGAUAAAAGAUCUCUGAUGAAACAUCAUAAAAUACAUGCAUGAAGGAGUUGUUUCCUGAUAUCAAUGAAAUGUCACAAUGUAGAAUGGUUUAACAUUGUAGUAGGAGUAUUUCAAUAACCUCACAACGUUUCAACAGCAUGUACAACCUGAUUUUCCCCAAACUCGAUUUCAGUGAUGUAUUGCUACUUGUCAAAACAGCAGCAUUUCUGGUGCUGGUGCAGUUUAUAAGGAGCUUGUUUAAAAGUAAUAUGAUUAUUGUGGCAGAUGUUUGUGUAUACAUAGCGCUUUUUAUGUUUAGGUUUUCAAUAUAUCACAACUGUCUCUGCAUAACAUUGGUUAUUGAUUUCGACACGUUAAAGCUGGGGCCAUCCCACCUAGCAAAAUGUAAUUGAAAAGAAGACUAUGCCCGACUUCCAAACACAUUCGGUUUGAGUAUUUUCGGGUCAUUUUUUCAAUUACUCGAAAAAACUUUUUUUCAACGUACUUGCAGCCUAUUCACAUGGACGCAGUAUAAUAAAUUAGUCUAUAAUUAAUUUUAUUAACAAUGUGACAUCACUCCAGUAUUUCCUGACAACAUUCAAGUGCUAAUGGUCUUUAUUCCACUACUGAAGAAGCAUGUCUCAAAUCACCUCAUAUUUCAAACAUCCAGCCUGACAAAAGAUACAUGUUUUAUUAUUCUAUGCCUCACCACUAAGUGAAUUAUUGUCAAUACAUAUUAACAAAGGGGUGUACAUUUAGUUUUGAUAUUUCAUAUUUACAAUUCAUGUACCAUUUAGUAAUCGUAAUUAUUUAUGCAACCAACUGACAAUUUUGGGGUGCAAUUAUAUUGACAUUGUUGCCCUGCUUUUAAAAUAUCAGGGUUUAUUCUCAGAUGUGCCAAACCAAAUGUACUAGAGCAUGACAUUGGGGACUGGGCCCCGAUCCAACAACGUGCCUAUCGAGUGAACCCUGAAAAGAGAGACAAGCUCUGCAGUGAGAUGGAAAGUUAACACAGAUAUUGCAAAAGUUUAUACUUGAAAUCAUACUGUCUGUGGUAAGGACAACUUGGUUGCUGAUUGUCUCUGGGGUUGUCAGUCAAAAUGUCCGUCAAAAAUAUUUGUUUUGCAUUUAGCCAGUGCGUUACCAUGGAUCACAAUUUAUUUUUGACACACUUUUCCAUAUUGGACAUGGGUUUUAUCUCUUAUUCUUUUCUGUAUUUUAGGGGGACGAGAGUUCAAGAAGCAAGUGAGUUUGAGGAACACGAGAGUUCUAGAAACUAGUCAGUUUUAGGAUUCUAUAGAAAGAAAAAGGAGAAAAGAUACAAUUGUAUAUUAUUAUUUAGAAAUGUGUUUUUUGUUUUUAACUGAGGACAGCCAGUAGACACAAUGUUUAUAUUGUAGAAGGUGAAGCGUUGCAGUUGAUUAUAAUGUGAAAUGGAAGUUGUUCUCUGUUGGUGGUAAGAAACUUGUUCAACAAAAAUAUAGGAUAUAUUUGUUGUCUUAAGGUGGAAGGUGUUACAGGCUUUGGUUUUUCCAUUAAUGUUUUGAGGUUGGA